CAUUCAACGUCACACACAGCGAAUUGCUCUCUGUGAAUGUCAUGACUCCAUUUUCCUGUAUGAAACGCAUCAGAAAUUGAAGCAUUAUUGAUGCAACAUUAUAUAUAUAUAUUGCAAGGAGAUACAUAUGUAAAAUGUUGCUUUUAUUUUGUGGUAAAUACUGCUGAAAGGAAUAAAUAACCACGCCUCGCCCAUGUACAGCAACAUCCCCAGGGAACACACCCACUUAGCAACCAGGAGUGGAGCUGAAGAGCAGCGCUGCGCCUUUAAUUCCGCGGCUGGGGUGGGGGCAGCUGAGAGAGGUUCCGCUCCCCCAUUCCCUCCGCACCUCCACUGGCAGCUGUCACCUGUAAGUCGAGCACCGCUCAGGGGCAUGGAGCCCAGCACCUAUUGGAUAGGACCUCUCGGCGGCAACCUACCCCCCAAGCUGGGGGCCCGGCCAGGCGCAGGAGGAGGGCAGGAGCCCCAAGCGCCCUUCGCCCGGAGUGCGGCGGGGAGGGCGUGACUGCAGUCCAGCUUCGGGGAUCCGAGCCCCAGGUGAGCCUGGCGAGGCGGCUGGGGCGAUCCCGGAGGCGCAGGGAUCGAGCAUGGCGCUGGCAGCCGCAGCCGCUGCCGCCGCAGCAGCCGCAGGGGUGAGCCAGGCGGCGGUGCUGGGUUUCCUGCUGGAGCACGGCGGGCAGGUGCGCAACUCGGAACUGCUGAGCCGCUUCAAGCCGCUGCUGGACGCAGGGGACCCGCGCUGCCGCGCAGCCCGCAGGGACCGCUUUAAGAAGUUCGUCAACAACGUGGCGGUGGUGAAGGAGCUGGACGGGGUCAAGUUCGUGGUGCUGAGAAAGAAGCCGCGGCCGCGGGAGGGACCAGAGCCCCCGCACCUCUCCAGCCCUGGGGUGCCAGCCACACAGGCCGAGUGCACUGCCGUCCCAGCGGAGGACAACUGCGUCCCCGGAGCUCCUCUUUCCCCACAGCCGUCCGAGGAACCGCUGGAGGACUUGUCCUCAUCAUCGGAGCUACAGCAUGCCUCGAGGUCCCCACCCUCAGGGGUCACCCAGCUUGGGGCUCCAUCAGACUCAGCGCCACAGCCCGGGGAACCCGAGGAUCAGGAGCUAUCCUGGCCCUCGGAGGGAGUCUCCGAGGUAGCCGCACCGGCCAGUGUGCCGUCGGGGGCAGCCUCGCCAAGCACAGAGUCUCCAGACCCGGAGCCUGCACCUCCCAGGGCGCAAGUGCCACCGCAGAAGCCCUGCAUGCUGCCGGUGCGCUGCGUGGUCCCCGGCCCCGCGGCGCUGCGGAUCCGCGCGGAGGAGCAAGGCCUGCGCCGGCAGCGGUCGGAGGAGCCGAGUCCGCGGGCCUCUCCGAUGCUCCUGCGGCGGCUCUCGGUAGAGGAGUCGGGUCUGGGCCUGCACCUGGGACCCGGCCGCUCCCCUCAUCUCAGGCGCCUGUCGCGCGCCGGCCCGCGCCUGCUGAGCCCCGAUAUGGAGGAGGUGCCUGCCGCGCCGCCGCCGCCGCCCGCGGUGCCCCUGGAGCCCACGGAGCACGAGUGGCUGGUGCGCACGGCCAGCGGCCAUUGGAGCCACCAGCUGCACGGGCUGCUCUUGCGGGACAGCGGCCUGGCUGCCAAGCGUGACUUCAUGUCGGGUUUCACCGCUCUACACUGGGCAGCCAAGAGCGGCGACCGGGAGAUGGCUCUGCAGCUGGUGGAGGUCGCCCGGCGUGGAGGCGCUCCCGUGGACGUGAACGCGCGCUCACACGGUGGCUACACCCCGCUGCACUUGGCGGCCCUGCACGGCCACGAGGAUGCAGCCGUGCUGUUAGUGGUGCGCCUGGGCGCCCAAGUGCACGUCCGCGACUACAGCGGCCGUCGUGCCUACCAGUACCUGAAGCCUGGCUCCUCCUACGCGCUGCGGCGUUUACUUGGUGACCCUGGCCUGCGAACCACGACAGAGCCUGAUGCGGCCAGUGGUGGCAGUGGGAGCCUUGUGUCGAGGCACCCCGUGCAGGUGGCCGCCACCAUCCUCAGCUCCACCACUAGCGCCUUUCUGGGCGUCCUGGCCGACGACCUGAUGCUCCAGGACCUGGCCCGUGGCUUGAAGAAGUCGAGCUCCUUCAGCAAAUUCUUGGGUGCCUCGCCCAUGGCUCCCCGAAAGAAGACCAAGAUCCGUGGUGGCCUGCCCUCCUUCCAUGAAAUCUCUCGUCGACCCACCCCGGGGCCUUUAGCUGGAUUAAUGCCCAGUCUGCCCCCUCCAACCUGAAUGGCCUUUAAGCUACCAAUGCCUUGGUUGACCAACCAGGGCCUGUGCCAUACCAUCUAAGCCUGUCCAAGGCAGGCCCGACACCUGCAGCCUGGGUCUCACUUCCAUCUUCAUCCAUUGCAGCCUGUCGUACCCAGAUGGGCCUCCCCAUUCUCUCUGAACUUUGAUGUGUGUACAGGAAUUGGAUUCUUGUCCCCUGGGAGAGGCUUCUAUGAAGAAACCAAGCAGUCAGGCCUGAACUUGGAGGAGACUUGAAGUUUAGGGUCACAUGCUAAGGGGCAGCAGCUGGUCUGGCCCCUGGAGGUGUUAACCAGAGGCCUUCGUGUGGACAGAUCUCCCAAUUCAGAAGUCGAGCCAGGCUCUCUAGAUGUUCAAAGAUGGUGACUUUAAGAUCUGUAGUGGCUUUGUAAUUGGAUGCUUUUAUUCUGUUUUUAAAUUAAAAUGAGGUACGGAAAAUUUU